ACGAGAUCAUCUGGCUAGUACAUCUAGAGCAUAUAUUGAUAUUUUAUUCAUAAACAUCGAUGUUUGGCUAGAAAAUAUCAAUUUGCCGAUGUUAUCGAAGUUAAAACAUCGAUGUUUUCUAGCUGAACAUUAAUUUUUAUUCAACCUCGAUGAAUAUCGAGCACACUAAAUCUGUGAUCGAGCACCACGCCUAAUGUCAUACUAUCUAUGACACUGACAGUCAGCUGCCGAGCUGUACAUUUACAAACAAAAAGAUAAUUCUGAUUAUAUUUUUAUAAUACUUGUUUGUCGCAAAUGAUAAAAGUAAAUAAUAUAUUCACUUUUUCUUUACUUUCACACUUAUGUCUAUGACAUUUGUGAGUGGCAUACUACAGUACAAGUCUGAAAAUAAGACCGAAGCCUUAUCUUUAGUAUGUGCUCAAUAUUUAGACAUCUCUAAGCUUGUUUAUUUUAAGUGCUAUUUUAUCACUGAUAUAUUCGUUUAUCAUCAUGAACAGAAUCAAGAGCAAUAGUAAUUCUAGAAUGACGAGGACGUCAGAGUGCUCCAGUGAAACGGAAGUUAAUUCUAAUGCGUAUAGACUGGUUGCAAACGAUACAAAACCACCAGAUAUAAAAUAUGGCAAAGAAAAUUCCUGGUUUGCAGGUGUGCAAAUGUUUUUAUCAUUUUUACUCGCCGGUUUUGGUAUGGUGGCUGCAAGCCUGCUGCUUGAUGUAGUGCAACAUUGGAUUGUUUUUAAAAAGGUGUCAGAAGUUUAUAUAUUAGUACCUGCCCUGUUGGGAUUGAAAGGAAACCUAGAAAUGACUCUUGCGUCAAGACUUUCUACCAAUGCUCAUUUAGGCCACUUGGAAACUAGUUUAGGCUCAUUAGUUAUGGGUAAUUUGUGUUUAAUUCAAUGUCAAGCAGUUCUAGUUGGUUUCUUAGCAGCAUCAGCUGCUGUUGCUAUGGGCUGGAUACCUAAAGGGCAAUUUGACAUCCACCAUGCGUUAUUGUUGUGUGCGUCAAGUGUUCUUACAGCUUCAUUUGCUAGUUUUGUCCUUGGGUUAAUUAUGAUCGGUGUUGUUGUAUUCUCAAGAAAGCUAAAUAUAAAUCCAGAUAACAUUGCCACACCUAUAGCUGCUAGUUUGGGAGAUUUAACAACCUUGGCACUGUUAUCUUGGAUAGCAUCACUGUUGUAUAAGUCUAUUGGCACAAGUGUGAUAUUUCCGUCUAUUAUUAUUAUCAUUGGUGCAGUUAUUGUGCCACUUUGUGGUUACAUUGCUUGGAAAAAUAACUUCACCAGACAAGCCUUGGAUGAGGGAUGGGUACCUGUUGUGUCUGCAAUGGUUAUAAGCAGUGCAGGUGGAUUAAUUUUAGACUACACUGUUUCUAAAUAUAAAGGUAUUGCAGUGUAUCAACUAGUCAUAAAUGGAAUAGGAGGCAAUAUGGUAGCUGUUCAUGCAUCUAGGUUGUCAACAGCUUUUCACACAGGACAAAAAGAAGGUUCUGUUAUAAGUAGCACAACAAAACUACUUUUAAUUAUGGUAGUGCCUGGUCAACUCAUCUUCGUAUACACUAUAGGUUAUUUAAGGGCAGGACAUACAUCUAUGACACCCACAUUUAUAUUUUUCUAUAUGUCAGCUGCUAUGCUGCAAGUAUUUUUAUUGUUGUUAAUUAGUCAUUAUAUGGUGAUGUGGAUGUGGAAAUUUGGUAUGGAUCCUGAUAACUCUGCAAUACCAUACUUGACUGCUCUUGGUGACUUACUGGGCACUGCCUUAUUAGGUGUAGCUUUCCGGAUUUUAGAUAUAAUUGAUGAUGAUGAUGCUGAUUUAGGUGAAUAAUAAAGAUUUAAAGACUUAUAUAGACAUUACACCUUGGUAAUAAAUCAUUAAGUAAAUCACUUAUUCAAAUGUCUAUCUUUGUAGUAAAAUAUAAAGAUUAAUGCUUAAAUUUAACUUACUUGGUGCCAUUCAAAAUUGUGUGACAAUGUGGCCAAGCCAUAUCACAAAAUAUUAAAUUGAAAAUGUUCAAUAAUUAAAAAAAUGUUUAAAAUAAUUAUACUUCAAUAAUUAUAUACACGGAUACUUCAAUAAAUGUGAACAAUUAUAAAUUAUAAGUGUACCAGAAUGUUUUAUCAAAACUGAACUCACAUAAAACUAAAAUCAAAUGACCUUCAUUCAUGUGCAGCCUAGUAAGCCAAAAAGAAUUUAUUUGUACUUAUUUUUUAAUAUAUUAUAAAUUAAUGUAAAACAUUUUUUAUAAAAGUAACAGUGUAUUUUAAGAGAAACAUGAGAAUUGUUAUUUUUAACUUUAUUACCACCUGUAGUAAAAAGGGGUAAGACAAAAUGUUGGUGCUAUAGAGCUAAUGUACUUAUAAGUAAUAUUGUUUUAUAGA